AUGCGUCCAGACGUGUUCCAAAUUCCCGGUAUCUUUCUACCUAUAUACCCCAUGUCAGCGUUUCACAAUCGAGAUGGUGUCAAUCUUUUCGAUGAAAAGAAAGUGGGGUCCGAAAAUGCCAAGAUAUGUAAAGUGAAUGGCGAACGGUCGCGAAUGAGAGGCCAUGCCAAGUGUGGUCCCAGUAAUGUGGCACUCAAUUCCACGCUUUUGGUAGUCAAAUACAUAUUUGUGCAUACAACAGAAUUCGUGGGCUUUAAUACGAUCAGCACGUGGUCGCCCGCUCUUGCUUCUGGUAUUGAGUCCGUUGGAUUACGUUCGAGCGCCACUACAGUUGAGCAUGUCGUAGCAUCGGGGUGGAGGAAGUGCCCGGAGGAGCAUCGAGAUGAAAUUAUAGAUAGGUCUUUGAUGGCCCAACUUAUUGUUGCCGGAUUCUCGGCUUGGGCACAGGCAAGAAAGGCUAAUGCCGCGGCUAAGAGAGUCGAGUUGAACUGCAUGGCGGCGGCGCUGGGAGUUCGACAAGUAGGCGUUCUUCCACGAAGUGUUGAAAGCAAGCAGUCUGAUGGAGCGAUGGCGACAGGGAUGACUGUGAGACUCCAGCCCAAUCAACCUAGGGAAUCCGGUAGCCAAGCUAAACAAGAAGAACUCUGCCAAGGUGCGGAACUCCGACCUGGACGCCUCGCUAUUGAUAUUCUUUAA